AACUUCACUUUGGUUCCGCGUGUUGAUGUUGAAGAGAUAGGACCGAGGAGAAACUGUUUUCUGCAGCAUAGAGCGUCAAACUCGGGUCGAAAGUAGCGGAAAAUGGACAUGCAGAAGCGGGUUUCUUUAGAGCUGAGGCACCGGUCUCCAGCGGAGGUCCAGGAGCUGGUUCUGGACAACUGUCGCUCCAGCGAGGGGAAGAUCGAGGCAAUCACGGAGGAGUUCUCCAACCUGGAGCUGCUCAGCCUCAUCAACGUCGGGCUGACCAGCGUGGCAGACAUCCCCAAGCUAGCCAAACUCAAAAAGUUGGAGCUGAGUGACAACAGGAUAUCGGGCGGUCUGGAGGUUCUGGCGGAGCGGCUGGUGAACCUGACACACCUGACCCUGAGCGGAAACAAGUUCAAAGACCUGAGCACGCUGGAGCCGCUGAAAAAGUUGCCUCAGCUGAAGAGUCUGGACCUGUUCAACUGCGAGGUGACCAACCUGGGCGACUACAGGGAGUCCAUCUUUAGGCUCCUCCCCCAGCUCACCUACCUGGACGGCUACGACAUCGACGACUGCGAGGCGUCGGACUCGGACGGAGAGGCGGACUGCGUCGACGAUGACGAGGAGGAAGACGGAGAGUCUGAGGACUUCGAGGACGAGGAAGAGGAGGAUGAGGAAGAUGUAGUGGCUGAAGAGGAUGACGAUGACGAGAGCGGUGACGACGAGGACGCCGAGCUGAACGGAGACGUGGACAGUGAGGAGGAGGACGAAGACGAGGAGGACGAGGACGAGGACUCGUCUCUGGCCAAAGGAGAGAAGAGGAAGAGGGAGCCGGACGACGAGGACGAUGAAGACGAGGACUAAGCCCCGCCCCUGUGUCCUCAGCAGCUUCCUGCCUCAAACCGUCUGUUGUUGAUUUCCCGUCAUCCGUGCUCACGUUCCUCCACCUGCAGAACGAUCUGAAACGUUUCCUCCGUGGGACUUCUUGUUCUGAACUCAGGAAUAAAUCAAACUCUUGUGAUAAAUCCUC